AUGGUCAACUGGAUCCUCGGCGACAAGUUUCAUGAGAGGUACCCUCAUCUGGAUGGCGUCAAGGCGCUGUGGGAGACCAAAUGGAAGUUUCCUUGCACCCUGGGGGUGUAUCCUUUCCACGACGGCAAGCUCGAAGACUUUCAACCCAUCUUCGAGAGCCUGAUCCGAGACAACGUGAACGAUGCCUACACAGACACAUACACCGAGUACUUCCUGCCGACGGCCGAGAAGCUCACCGAUGCAGCCAUGUCUGCCCAAGCCUCAGACCGCGCAAAAGCUGCCGCUCUGUUCAAACGCGCCGCCUGUGUAUAUCGGAUAUCCCGAUUCCCUUCCAUUGAUGCAGGCUCUGGAUUGAAGAGAAAGGCAUUUGAGCUUCAAAAACAGGUGUAUCUGAGAGGUGCAAGCUUGUGGGACACUCCCAUGAAAGAGGUCAAGAUCCCACAUACCGCAGCUGAAGGUGAAGACGGCAACGAGGUCCCACUGUUUGUGAGGCUUCCGCGAGGAGCGAGUAGUGAGAAGAAAUGUCCGGUAGUGCUGCUGAUCACAGGAUUGGACGGACAUCGACCAGACAACACAGAGCGGACAGACGAGUUUCUCGACCGUGGCUGGGGCUGCGUGAUCACCGAAAUCCCAGGGACAGCCGAUUGCCCCGCGGCCCGUCGUGACCCAACAUCUCAUGAACGACUGUUCACGUCGAUCCUGGACUGGAUGGACAAACAGCCGUCCUUCAACAUGGCCAAAUGCAUGGCCUGGGGUCUUUCUGCUGGGGGCUACUGCGCUAUUCGAUUAGCACAUACUCACCACUCAAGGCUUGCCGGAGUCGUUGCCCAAGGCGCCGGGUGCCAUCUGUUCCUGAGCCGAGAGUGGCUUGAACACGUCGACGACCACGAAUACCCCUUCAUCCUCAGCGAGGCAUACGUUGCCAAAUACGGAUACAGGGACUGGGAAGAGAUGAAGGACAAGGCGCAAAAGGACUUCAGUCUGGUUGAGAGCGGCAUUGUCAACGGUCCCUGUUGCAGACUGCUCCUGGUCAACGGCACUCACGAUGGUCUGGUUCCCAUAGAGGACAACAUCCUUCUUAUGAACUACGGUCGCCCUAAGGAAGCUCGGUUCUAUGACAAAAUGCUGCACAUGGGCUAUCCACCUGCAAAUGAGAGCAUCUGGCCCUGGAUGGAAUCCAUUAUGGCGUCGGCGUCAUAA